AUGUCUCGGACGACCAUCAAACUAAAAAACCCGCGUAUGCCUCUCAAGGCUACCAAGCGUCGGGUUUCCGUCUCCUCCGACUCUUCUUCCUCCCUCGACCUGUCCGACGAUGAAGGCUACUCGGCCGUCGAGGACCUCAGCGAGAGCGAAGAUGACGAGGACAAUGUCAUGGCGGCCGAGGAGGAGCACCUCUUGACGCGAGCUUCCCGCAAGCGUCCAUUGGACAACACCCCUCGGCCGCAAGUCAUUGCUCAGGAGGAAGACCAAGAUGCCGACGAGGAAGACGAAGAGGAGGAGGACCAAUAUGAACAGAACGAAGACGGUGACGACGAAGAUGAGGACGACGACGAGCCCGAGGACGACGACGACAAUAAUCCUACUGACGAGAACGAGAGUUGGGGCGGUCUGUCGGAACCGGAAGAGGCCACGUUAAUCGAACAAGUCCCCGAACCCUCAAUCGAGACCGAGGUCAGUGUCAAACGUCACGUUCGCUUUGCCGGCAUUCCUGACGACGAGAGCGACUCGGACUCGACAACUACCGAGACCGAGUCCAAUGCCGACUUGUUUCCCGAUAUCUUUGUUGACCGCAACGAGCUGGAUCCCGGCUUCCGUUGCGAGAUCGAACGUGGCAAUGAGUCAUCCUCGGCUGAAUCUUUCUGGGAUUACGACGGCAAUCCGCAAGAGUUCUUUAUGGAUUCGGAGGACGAGGUCCAGAUCCCGCAAAACAUGCUGCUGGGUGCCUCUCUUUUGCCUAACCUGACCGUACCCAUUCCGACCAUUACGCCAGAACUGCCCGACUCUGCUCUCUCCAAAGCUCAAGAGAUGGAGCUUGACGGAUAUGAGACGGACGGCGAAACAACAGAAGAAGAGGAUCCCGAGCCCAUCAUUCGGAAGAAGCAGGCAGUACGUGUUGAGUCCGCGCCUGUGUCUUCAGAGUCCGAGGCUGAUAGGCCAUCGCGGUCGCAACGGGGCAAACCUCGCGUGGGCCGUUUCCACCUGGACGGAUCCGAGAACAAGCCGAUCGCUGUCUUCAACCCCAAUUCUCGCAAGAUCAUGAUCUUUAAGAAGGACGAAAAGGCUGCGGAUGCGGACUUGGCCGCUGAGGCCAUCAAUGACAUCCCAGCAGCUACUAUCGACUACUUGACUCCCCUCCUGACCAACCCCGGUUACCUCAUGAUGGGCGCCAUGGCCUCUUCCAAUCCCUUUGGCGACUUUAUGAACACACAGCCUUGGGGUCCUGCCGAGGCCUUCUUUCCCAUGGACGGCGACUUUUACGCCGAAGUCGAUAGUGACGACUCGGAGCUGGGCAUGGACCCAGAAGUGGACGAGGGGGAGGCGAAGCUGGACAUUGAUGAUUUCCUGAGAUUCGAUAACACAGAUUCAGAAGACGAUGAAGUGCUUGACUUUGACCCGGAGAGCGCCGCCAACUCGCCCACCAAGAAAGACAGCGACAAACAGGAGAUGCACCCGUUGCUCAACCACCUGACCAACAACGCGGACGCCGUCGGAGCUUUCCGGCGCAACCAGAUCAACCAGCAACUGAUUCUCAGCGACCGGGCCACCCAGGAAUCGCUUUCGUUCUCGGGACCUUACUACCACGGCACACUGAGAGGUAUCAAGACCGGCAGUAUGGAGACGGUCACAACACCCAUCACCCCCGCCCGCAGGAGGAAAGACAGCUCCAUGGUAGGACCCACUCAUCUCUUUUUACCCCCUUCUUUUCCUCUUCAUCCCUCCUACUUUAAUGUCACCCCAUCCCCGUGGCGUAAACCCCUGCUGGAUUCCUCGCUCAACCAAGUCAUUGCACAGAAAAGGAAGGCUCCCACCAUCGAUCCCAACGGUUCAUUCAUUGACGACCCGACCACCAUGCCUGUGCAUAAACGACACCGGAGUAAUCUCAGCACUGUCUCGGAGCUUUCGAUGGACUCGUUGCCCUUUGCGUAA